AUGAGUCAUUUAGCAAAUGAAGCUGAAAUUGAAGGUUUAAGACCUGGACGUGUUGUAAUACUUCAAUCAAGUUUUCAAGGAAGUCCUAGAGCAACACAACAGAAUUAUCAAGAUGCAAUGGCAAUCGUCCGAAAAUAUGGAAAACUCGACUUAUUCAUCACAUUUACCUGUAAUUCAACAUGGAGAGAAAUCGAAGAGCAGCUUUUUUCCUGGCAUAUGAUUCAUGGAGCAUGUGGAACAUUAAACCCACAUUCUUCUCGUAUGGAAGAUGGCAAAUACUCAAAAGAAUUUCCAAAAGAAUUUCCAAAUGAUACUCUAGCAAAUACGGAUGGAUAUCGACGAUAUCGAAGAAGCGAUAAUGAAAUUACUAUGGCUAUUGGCAAGUAUGAAGUUGACAAUAGAUGGAUAGUUCCAUUUAAUCCAUAUUUACUAAUGAAAUACAAUGCUCAUAUUAAUGUCGAAAUUUGUGCAACUGUCAAAAGUAUCAAAUAUUUAUUUAAAUACAUUUACAAGGGGCAUGAUUGUGCUAACAUUAAAUUACAACGAUCAAUUCAAGAAGGUGCUGCUGUCGCUCAAGAAACUUUGAAACUGGACGAAAUUAAAGCACAUCUCGAUACAAGAUAUGUAAGCACACCUGAAGCUGCAUGGAGACUUUUUGAAUUUGCACUACAUGACAAAUCUCAUGGUAUUAUUCGAUUAGCCGUUCAUCUUCCAAAUCAGUAG